AUGGAAGAUUCCACUAUAGUUUUGACACCCACUGCUAUUUCUUCUAUGAAACGUUCCGAACUUCAAAAAUUAUGUAAGAAAUAUGGACUUAAAGCUAACGGAAAGAAUACAGACCUACAGAAAAAAUUACGGCAAUAUGCGUUAAAUUCUGAAAGAAGUGAUAAUGACAUGGAAGAUAUAUUGAUGACAAACGUUGAUCAUAUUUCUGACUUACGAAACCAAUACGCGGUUAGUGUAUCAGAACCCGUUACUCCCCAAACACCAAGCGCAAUUCCACUUGAACAACAAAACAAAAUUAGAAGAUCUCUAGUCGAAGAUACUCCAACAAAUAUAAAGUCAACUUAUCAACAUGAAAUUAAAAGAAUCGAAGUUGAAAGUGUUGUUCAUGACUAUAAGACUCCCAUCAAACUCUCAAGUAAACCUACAAGACAUUGGAAUUCGACUAGUGCUCCCGAACCAUGCCUUUCUCUCAUCCUAUAUAAUAAACCUAAAUUUCCUUAUUUUGCUAAGGAACAAGAGGUAACUGAUACUAAUAACGUAACGAGAGAUGGCACCUUAGAAGUCGCGGAAAAGCAAAAUACUGACCAAUUGGUUUUAGAUGGAAAGGACAAUUCGAAUACAAUAGUUUUCCAACAUCAAAGUCCUGUCAUUGAAGCGUUAGAGAUAAAUCAACCAUCCAUUAUGAAUACAGAAACCAAUAUCUUUACUUCUCCAUUAAACCGUUCUUGCGAUUUGACACCAACUGUGCCUCAGACACCUCCUGCAAAACAUACCCGAUCAGUAGAAACAGAACGAGCGUCUACAAAUCUUAUGGCACGUCUCAUUGCCACUCCAAUUCGAAAAUCUGGAGUUCAAGCGAAUUCUUUGACAGCAAAUCGUGUGCCAAUACAUACUCCUAAAACCGAAGCUGGGCCUGCACUUGAUAAAAAUUCACCAUUUGUCACAGCUGAAACUAAAUUGAAUUUUGAAUCUAUUUUACAUAAUGUAUAUUCAAUUCAAGAGAGUGAUGAAGAUAUCGAUAAUCAAGGAGAUCCAAUGGAGAUUUGUGAUGAACGUCCAAAAAGUACAGAGGUUGUAGAUGAGAUUGUAAAUGAGACUGUGGAUGUCCCAUUAGUUAACGGUGAAAAUACUGUUAAUAUUACUGCUUCCAUUUACGAAGAAAUGGAAAAGCGAGUUGAUCAAUUAAGAGCUUUACCAUCCCCUGAACGUAAGAAGAUUUUAGAAACGGAUGACGCAAAAACCGAAAUUCAUACAAAAUCUCCUUUCAAAAAUGAUAGCGUGACAUCUUUGGUUAAGCCAACUCCUUCAUCAAUUAACCGUUUCAAUCAACUUCAUGAGAAAGUUUUUUCAAAGAUGCCAUCCAUUGCUACACAUUAUUCCGCUCAAAAAACAACGAAUGUUGAAGAAACUCAGAAAGAAGUUAAUAAGAAACGUAAAAUUCCAGACGUUGUGCAUUCUCCGCUCAAAAAACAAAAAUUGGUUGAAAAACCAGUUACGAAAAGGACUUAUGAUAAAAAUAGAACAAUACUUAAUAAUCGAUCAUCGAUGCGUCUUAUUUCGACAAAAGACAAAAGUGUUAGUCAAACCGAAGUUCAACCAAACGCGAGAUCGAUUCGGACUUCCUCUAGGCUUGAUGCACGAAAGAGUCUCAAGAAAACGAGCUAUACACCUCAUAAAGGACCAGUUAAAUCCAUUAUUCCGAAUCCGGGGGAACAAAAAAUGAAAGAACGCGAAGAAUUCGAAAGGCGUAAGCAAGCUGCGAGAAAUGUUGCUCAACCUGUCUUGGAAAAGAUGAAGAAUCGAAGGAAGACAAAAGAGAACGUUGAAAAAGUAGUACAAAGUAUUCAAGGCGUGGUAUCCGAUAAAGUUGAAAAGAAAUCAUCUUCGUUACCUAAGAAAGUUACCACUUUGGGACUUAGACAACAGAGUCAAAAGAAAUCACAAUAA